UCACUUAUUUCUAGAAUUUCUACAAAGAUAAUCAUUUAAAAGCAUUUUUGUAUUUGCAAACACAAAGUUACAAUGAAUUUUAAGCAAAUUCAUAAUGAUUACAGACUCUUACACUCACUGCAUUCAAUAUUUGAUGACUAAUACUUCACAGCAAGCUGAAAAUCCAAAUGAUUUACUAUAUCUAUAUGAAUAUGCCGCAAGCCAAGAUCUCAUAACGUAUCUGACUCUUUCAACUAAAAGUUUCCAAAACCUUGGUAAGAGCUGUAAGCUCUAAUUUAGCUUAAUCAUAACUGUAACGAUAAUUGAGAGGAAAAGACUCUGUGAACAUCAAGCAUUCCAAGAUUGGGGUUCAAUGAAUAACUACAAAAAUGCCAGCUGAUGGAGUUUACUAC